AUUGGCUUCGGGUCUUGAGUGACGGGAAGUGUAGUUAACGACUUGAGAUUGUAUAUAAUUAGUAAUAUUCUGAGGUGCACCAGACUAUAACAAACAACAUCAGUACUUAAGACAGAAAUAAACUACCAUAUAGGUAAAAGAAAGCACACAUCUUUGGAUGUGUGCACAGAGAGAGACAUCAGUGGUUCAAUGGACAACGAGUCUCAAGCGGAAGGAACAAAAGCAGACGACUACUCUCUUGCCAGCGAUCAUCGAAAGAGGAAAAAAGUCGGCGAUAUGAGUGAAAGUGGUGGAAAAGCACAGCCAAGACUGGAAGUGGUCUGGGCCCAAUCAGAGGAAGAUAUUUCCAUGACAACCACUCUUGGGGUAGGAGAUGGUGAAGCAGAAGAUGUGCAGGUCCUUUUCACAGAUCAGGAUAUGACUAUUACUCUUGGAGAUGGCAGCAAGCAGCAGUGGAAUUUUCAUGGCACCAUUGACAGACAUAAGAGCAGAGUUCAAAGAAAGAAGAGAAAAUUUUCUAUUCAAGUCAUCAAAAAGGAACCAGGCAUAUGGCCAGCUUUGCUGAAAACCAGUGCAUGCGCUUUUGAUCAAGAUAUGGAAGCAGCUCCACAACCAUCUUCGGACAAAGCUGAAGAUUCACUUGAGAGCAUUACAAAGGAAGAGGAGCCAGUUUUUAACCUACAGCAUGUGAAGCAUGACUUCUUUGAAAAGGAUGGAAACCUUACUGUGCAUAUUUACGUGAAGGGUGUAAAUAAAGAUGCUGUAAAAGUACGAUUUGAAGACAAGUCUUUCCUUGUCAAAUUUCAAACAGGGGAUGCAAAAUUUUUGCAGCUAAAUGAGGGAGCAUCAGAAGAUACUGUCUUCAGCUGGCAAGUUAAUACAAAGAACAGUAUAAUACCCAGUAUGUGUAAACACAAAGUAACUGCAAACUUCAUUGAGCUUACCUUAAAGAAGGCAUCUCCAGAGCGCUGGAGCAUUUUAGAAGCCCCACAGAGGAGAGAAACACCCACUUCCUCAAAGCCAAGUUCAUGGAUUCCUGCCAAAAAUUCAUCAGCAAAUCCGAUGCAACAUCAUCGCCUUCAUCAUCAAAGACAUUAUGGAGAGAAACCCACCUGCAAAGUGCAGCCUCUGAACAAAGUGCAAGUGGAUACACCUGUUGUUACUGCUGGCUACACUGGACUUGACAACCUUGGCAACACUUGUUUCAUGAACAGUGUGAUACAAAUCCUAUCAAAUACUCGUGAAUUUCGCGACUUUUUUCUCAAUGGACAGUUUCAGCGUGAGAUCAAUAGAGACAAUGUGCUGGGAACAGGUGGGCAUCUGGCUGUAGCAUUUGGUGUGCUGCUAAAAACACUGUGGGCUGGUACCAAGUACUCGUGUGCACCUGGAAAACUUAAGGAUUUGGUUGCCAAAAAGGCCAGCCAGUUUACAGGUUUUGCCCAACAUGAUGCUCAGGAGUUCAUGGCCUUUCUGCUGGAUGGUUUGCAUGAGGAUUUGAACAGAGUGAAGAACAAGCCCUACACAGAAACAGUAGAGUCCAAUGGACGCCCUGAUGAGGUUGUAGCAGAUGAAGCAUGGGAUGUGUACAAAAAACGCAAUGAUUCAUUUGUUGUAGACCUCUUCCAGGGCCAGUACAAGUCUAAACUUGUGUGUCCUGUGUGCAAUAAAGUGUCCAUCACAUUUGACCCAUUCUUAUACUUGUCCGUUCCCCUUCCCAAGAACAAAAAGACCAUUUCUGUCAUCUUCAUGUGGCGUGAUCCCCAUCGCAAGCCAGUCAAGUUUUUGGUGCAGCUGGUAAAGGAUUCUUCAGCAGGCCACCUGAAGGAGAUACUGUCUCGCAAAACUGGUGUGCACCCAACAGAUAUGCGUGUUUUUGAGGUGUGUCGGAGCCUCAUUGUGAAACACUUUCAGUCCAACAGUGACCUGAGCAACAUACAGCCAACGAGCCUUAUCAUCGUGAAUGAAGUAUUGUCUGCAGAAGUGGCAGGAGAGGAAGUGGUGGAGAUACCAGUUAUUCAGAGGACACUGGUUCCACACCAGUUUCCCACCAAAUGCUCUGCAUGCCGUAAAGAAUGUGAGGCUGGCACUAAACUCAAGCGCUGUAUGAAGUGCCUGAAAGUGGGAUAUUGUGACCAGGCAUGCCAGCGGACACACUGGUCCACACAUAAACCUGGCUGUAACCCUUCUCCAGAGCCUGUGGGUAGUCCCUUUAUCCUCAGUGUGCCAAAGUCUCAGUGCACCUAUGCACGCAUCGCUCGCCUCAUGGAGGGGCAUGCAAGGUACUCUGUGGACACAUUUCAACCGCCUGUAAAGGCAGAAACAGCAAGUACAAGUGGAGUGUCCACUCCGGCACCAGCAUCAGAGAGCACUGGUCUCCAGCUUCCUUCUCAUCCCUCGGGAUCGAACUUAAGUAGCAGCAGUGGCAGCCAGUCCAGUGGAAGCCUCAGCAGCCUGGACAGCAUCUCCUCUUGCUCCUCCACUGCAACCCUCACUGCCGGUGCCCCUACCGCCACCUUCGACAUGGAGGACUUUGAUGAGGAAGAGCAUGAUAGAGAUGAGGCCAGACGUGUAGAUGAUGAUGGUUCUGGAGCUCAUCUAGAGUGUAAUGCAGCAUUGGAGGAGAAAGGCUGUCAGGACAGGGAUAGUGGUGUUAUCUCGCUGCAGUCUGCUCGGGUAAGAUCAUCAUCACUGGAAACUGGAGCAGAAGCCUUCAAAGGGAUAGAGAAAGAAGCUGAGGACAGGGAGUUGGGGCAAGUCAGUUAUGGGUCACAGCAAGCAGCAGCAGGUGCAGAGAAGCUGGCCCUGACCAAUGCAGUUCUGGGGGUACAGGCAUCCAUGUCCACAGAGCGCUCUGUGCCACUUUUCUUCAUCAAGCCCGUCACCAUCGAUGGCCAUGGUGUGCGAGGGGCCAGCGGAGAACGUCUAGAAGAUAAAGGUGAUGUUCCUCUGGACUUGAGUGGUCAUUCUUAUCUGUCGAUGGACUGGCGCAACAGUGACAAGCUUCCCUCCUAUGUUCUUGUGCAGUCAAAACCACUGGAAGUGGAUAUUGAUGAAAGUGCCCUGCAGGCAGGAAGCAGUGACAGCAAGCAGUUAACUCUUCACCAAUGCCUAGAGCUGUUUACUGAACCAGAGACCUUGGCUCCAGAUCAGGCAUGGUACUGUCCACAGUGCAAGGAGCAUCGGGAAGCCUCCAAACAAAUGUCACUGUGGCGGCUGCCACACACACUUAUCAUACAGCUCAAACGCUUCUCCUUCAGGAAUGUUGUGUGGCGAGAGAAACUGGACACAAUGGUGGACUUCCCAACAAGAGACCUGGACUUAACCCCAUAUACCAUGGGGGGUCAAGGCAGUGGACCACGAGCAAUCUAUGACCUGUAUGGAGUGGUCAAUCACAAGGGUGGGAUUCUUGGUGGCCACUACACAUCCAUGGCCCGCUGUGCAGAUCUGGUUCAGCCACUGAAGAACGAAGUUGGUUGGCGACUUUUUGAUGACAGUCAUGUGUCAACAAUCAGCAUUGAGAAAAAUGUUGUUACUUCAAUGGCUUAUCUCCUCUUCUACCGACGCCGUGAGCCUUUUGUGCCCUCCAUAGAGCGAAGUCUGGAAGAAGCAAGUCCGCAGAAGGAUUUGAGUUUGAAGGAAUCGCUGACUGAAGAUCAGAAUAAGGAAGAUGAAGAGAUGACUGAGGAACCAGUGUCAAAUAAACUGUACAGGGAUGCCAGCAGUGAAGAUGGAGAAGAGGUCCAGGAGAAAUGUGACCCAGAAAAGGAUGAAGACAAUGAUUACAGUCUUGAGGACAAAAGUGCUGAUCACCAGGUCAUCCGGCCAAAACUUGAUUACACUGACAUGGAUGCUGUUGACUGACAGGCAAGAACUGUUGACAGCUACUACACUUCUGAACAAAGCAAGCGUCUGCAUAUAGUGACUGAUCCAUCCUACUGAAUUUUAGAUGGUAGUUUAGAUAACAAAGUAGCAUAGUAACACUGUGCUUUGAAUUGAUAGCAGUCUUUUUGCACCGGUAGUUGUUGGCACCUGUCAUGCCCAAAUAAUCUCAGAGUGUUUUCUUAGUGUCUUCACAUGUUCUGCUUAUGCAUCACUGAUGUGGAGGGGGCAGAGAAUGGGUGAGCAAAGUGACUCUUUUUGUAUACUUUAUUAUUGUGCAUAUUGAUGUGUAAUGUAAGCAUUUGAAAACUUCAGAAUAUAAGACACACAAAUGUGCACUUUUGAAUGUGCAUGAGAGAGAGAGGUGGGGGAGGGUUUGGUGAGAAAGUGGUUUUUAAAUACGUACAAAUACUAAAAGAAUUUGAUGUAUUUAUCUCAAAGUUGAUAUUUUUGAUGGUCAUCUUGUUUUUAACGAUGAUCAGAAAUAUCAGAAUCAGCUGGAUACAGGUUGCAAGUUUUAAAGUGCCCACAUGCCAUGAUCAACAGUAGGACCAUAAAAGGAGGCAAAAAUAGAUUUGUCCUAGAGAAGCCUGCAUUUUAAUAUGAUGGCUUUGUAAACAUUCAAACAUUAGUUUAACUAUUGAAAUUUCACAGUAAAUCUUUCCUGCUAUGUAUCACUUUAUAAUUUGUUAGAGAUUCUCUUUGGAGAAACAUUUUGAGAGGCAAAGUGCUGAUUUUAACUCAGGUCCUAUUGUUUGUGUCUUUCAUGGCAGCGAUAUUUUUCCUGUUGACACACUUUGUUAAAGAUGAUGGAGGAAAUUUAUCUGGAUGUUAUAAAGAGAUCUGCCGUCUGAAACAUGUCUCUACCUUGUAUGGCAUUGUCUUUCUUACCUAGAGUCUUCAUCGUCUAAAUUAUUGUUUUUUAUUAAAAGAAAUCUCUAUCUCCCCCCCCCCAUUUUUUCCUUGGUAUAAUCUAUUUCUUCACCAUUCCCUCACCUUUUUCCACACCCUGGAUUUUUGCCUAAAAUAGAAUAGACUCAUUGAUUUUGAUCCUAUCUUAAUAAUGUGUUUGUCUGAUCGUCAUGCCGUUCACCUUAAAAAGAAACUUUUUUUUCAUGUUUCUGAAGUGCUCCCAGAUUUAAUACUUGACUGGUGAGAAAAAUUACUUAACAAUAGAUCCCCCCCCCCCUAGUUUUUUUUUUUUUUUAGAGGAGGGAAUGGGGGGGAUGAGAUUGAAGGGACACCUGUAAUGUUUGUAGCAUAAAACUGUACAUUUUUCCAUCCUUUUCUUGAGAAUGAAAUGUUCAGCCAAGAACACUUUUUUUUAAUGUAACGUCUGUACUAAUUUACAGUGAACAGUGUUAAAAAUGAAAAAUAGUAAAAAAUCUCUUCAUAUUUUGCUUAAUAGAUAUGCUGAUUCUUGGAUUUCACCUAACAUAUUCUAACUUUUCUCUCCUGCCUGCUUUUUUUAUAACUUAUUUCUUCACCAUGUGUGCACAAACCCUGUUUGUCUGUUCUUUUUCAUCUUGUGUGUUUCAUCUGGCUUAUUUCCAUUUGUAUUUUGCAGGUGUCUUUUUUCUUAAUCUUUGGCUUGUGGAGGUUUUUUUGUGUAUCAUACUUGUAAGUCUACCAGUGAGAUGUUACAUAAUUAUUUGUCAUGCAGUAUAAUUUUUAAACUUUCAUUUGCCCCCUUGGCAUGUGAUUUUAUUUAUGCUACCAUUGGGUGUAAAUCUUUAUGGCUAUGUCAUUGGAACUGUAAAGUUUCUGUGAAACUGAAAUGUUUAAUGGGAAGGCAUUACUAUUGAUGCAAGUCUCCAUAGCUGCAGUGAGAACAGCUUUUAAGAAGAAAGGACUUCUGUGUGUGCAUAUCUGUGUGAAUGUUCAUGUCUUGCUGUAUAUAUAUAUACUUGCAUAGACAUGGCCAGCAUGUCUGUGUGAAUUUGUGUGCCUUGCUGUAUGGGCAUAUAUAUAUAUUCAUGCAUAGAUAUACAUGUAGGAAUACUUCAGCCUGUAUCUUUUGAUUACAUAUUUGCACAUUUUUCCCACUACUGCAGUCAUUUGGGAAAUGUGGAGUGGAGAUGAUUGCUUAGUAGUCAUUCUUGUGGAGGAGAGAGCAGGUAAUUUUUUUUUAACUUAAAAUGCUUGUGUUGGGCUCAUUUCAAGUUAAUAUUUGCUUCAGAAGUAAAAUUAUAAAAUAUGUUUUUGCUUGGAUGUAAAAGCAGCUCCAGUAACUAGUGAUAACUAUCUUUCAGAAAAUAUGUGAUGAAUGACAUUAAGAGCAAGUAUUGUAGACAUCAGCUUAGAUAUUGGAAUCAACUAGACACUGGUCUAACUCAGCAGACCAUCAUCAGCUGGAACUGACAGGACUGUAACCCGAAUCUCACCGUUGGUGCACAGAGGUAAUUUUUACAGGCAAAUCACAAGACCCAAAAUCGUGGGUGAAUGGGAAUAGUCAAGUCUCGAUGAAACUAGAAUAACAUAACAGUAAGUGCUGCUUUAACAAGAUGUGAAGAAGAAAACUGCUAUUUCAGUCUGCUAACACAAGCUUACUUCUCUAUCUGCUUAUUUCCCCAUCUGCCUGCUUAUUUAAUUCUGCUUACAUUAGCUGUCUUUUGUCACCUUCCCUGAUGUGUUGUAAAGACUUCCAUAUCAUUAGUAUACUAAAUUGCAUUUUGGGUAAUUACUACCUCUGUCUGAAACCAGUACCUUUUUCCUGGUUACCACUGUAUACAAUCGUCAUUGUGGAUGAAAUUGUCCAUUUUAUGGUACCAACCAGCAGACUUAGAUCUUUGUGUUGUGAAAUGCAUCGUAAACUGGUUUUGAUUGUAUAGACUGAAUUGCAAUUAUUUAUUAUCAUUUUUUUUCGAACUUUGCAUGUUUGGAGAGAUGAUCAUUCUUUGGGAAGACUCACGUUUGAUCUCAGCUUUUAAUAUUUGUAAAAGCUAGAAGCACGUAGAGGUGUUAAUGUAAGAAAUUUGCCAAGUAUUAAAAUUAGAUUUAGGUACUUAUAUAAAGUUCUAACCUUAUCUCUGUCUGGUACCAUAAAGUGUUCUCCCAACCCAUUUUGUGAAGUUCUUUCUUGUGACUUUCCAUGUGUUAUCACUGUCUGCAGAAAAUAUAACUUUUCUUUUGUAAAUUCUGGGAACAGCAUAGAUGUUGCAGGUAUUGAUUUAAAUAGGUUAAUAUACUUUGCCUUACACAGUUCUGGGGGGAUUUGUGUAUUAUUAUAUAUAUAUAAGUAUUUGCUUUUCCCCACAAUGUGUGCAGUAUUUGGGCAACCCAUUUUCCAAAAGUUGUGCUGAAUAAAAAGAAAUUGUCACGAGGUU